CCCUGGUGCGCAUGCGUGGGCUUUGGUUUCCUUUACGGUUGGCGCUGCAUCGUCGGAGUAGCUCAGCCGGGGUAUCAUGUCCAGAUACGGACGGUACGGAGGAGAAACCAAGGUUUACGUGGGUAACCUUGGGACAGGUGCGGGAAAAGGAGAACUAGAGCGGGCAUUCAGUUAUUAUGGACCAUUGAGAACAGUGUGGAUUGCUAGGAAUCCUCCAGGGUUUGCCUUUGUGGAGUUUGAAGAUCCCAGAGAUGCAGAAGAUGCUGUCCGGGGACUGGAUGGCAAGGUAAUCUGUGGCUCUAGAGUUCGAGUUGAGUUGUCAACAGGGAUGCCCAGGCGAUCUCGCUACGACAGGCCCCCGGCCCGUCGCCCAUUCGAUCCCAAUGACAGGUGCUACGAAUGUGGCGAAAAGGGCCAUUAUGCCUAUGACUGCCACCGCUAUAGUCGACGUCGGCGGAGCAGGUCCAGGUCUAGGUCCCACUCCAGGUCCAGGGGGAGGAGGUACUCUCGCUCACGCAGCAGAAGCCGGGGCAGGAGGUCAAGAUCCUUUUCUCCUCGCAGGUCUAGGUCAGGUUCUCCAAGGAGAUCAAGAUCAGUAACUCCUAAAAGAUCCAGGUCUAGGUCAAGAUCUAGAUCGAGGUCCAGGUCUCUCUCUCGUCCAAGGAGCAGGUCUGGCUCUGUUGGAAGAUCCAAGUCGGGCUCUCCUGCAAGAAGCCGCUCAAAAUCUAGAUCAUCACCACCAAAACGAAGCCGUUCGCCUUCAGGAAGUCCCCGUAGGAGUGAGAGCCCUGAUAGAGAUGAUUAAACCUUUUUUUUAAAAAAAAAACAAUUUUUAGAACAGAACAAUUAUUUGUUUACACGAGAAUAAGGGAUUCUGUUGGUAAGAUUUUAUCUUGCAAAGUGUUAAGGUUUGUCUUCUCUUGUAUCUUUUUUUUUUCUCGUCCAAAAAUGUAAUGGAAAAACAAAAAUCAGAAUUGGUUUGGUAGAGAUGCAGCGUAAUUUUUACAAGCGGUUGUGUGAUGCAGUAGAAUCAUAUUGACAGGGCUUUUUUUUGUAUAUGCAUAUUAAAUUAAAUUUUCACUUCUA